CACGCGACAUAGACUCGAGGAACAUGUAAAAAAAAUACUCGAAAAGGCUACAUAGAUUAGUGACAUAAGAUUUUCAAGGUCGCCGAUCAAGGCCAGAGCGGAUAACUAGAAAAGAUGAAUCGACGACCGUUAAAAAACGAAGACAACAACAACAAAGCAAAGCAACGACAACGACCAACAUCAACGGCAAACGGCAAGUCCAACGGUCCUUCGGCACCCUUCGGCACGAGUCGUGCCGCCGGGCCUUCGAACCUUCGAGUUUCCAGUUAGGUUAGGCCGAAAACCGCCGUGUCGGCCCCGACCAAUGGGACGCCUCGCACCGCUUUAUGCCCAUAUAUGGUAACGUCGGCGGACGAACGCGCUGGUGGGGGUCGGACGAGUCCAUUCCGGCGUCGGGACGAGGGGCGGCCGCCGCCCUCAACCCGCAAAUUUCUCUUGUUUCUAAACAAACGCGCGUUUCCGACGGCCGAAAUAUCCGUCAAAAACGUCAACAGUUUUAGAUGCAUCGAUAUCGACCGACGGAAAUCGAUUCGGACGGUUGGAAAAUUUGAAUUUUCCGCAAGGAUUCACCCUCCCGGCGCGCAAGUGAAGCGACACUGCCACCGCACCGCCGACACCGGCGACUCUUCAUUUCAUUCCGGUCGUUCUCGCUCCGUAAAGUUCUUCGUUGUUUUGUGACGUGUCUCGUUAAAACGUACUAAUUCAAAAUGUGUGAAGAAGAAGUCGCCGCUUUAGUCGUAGACAAUGGAUCCGGUAUGUGCAAGGCCGGUUUCGCCGGGGACGACGCCCCCAGGGCCGUAUUCCCGUCGAUCGUGGGCCGCCCCCGGCACCAGGGCGUCAUGGUCGGCAUGGGCCAAAAGGACUCGUACGUAGGUGACGAGGCCCAGAGCAAGAGAGGCAUCCUCACGUUGAAAUACCCCAUCGAGCACGGUAUCGUCACCAACUGGGACGACAUGGAGAAGAUCUGGCAUCACACCUUCUACAACGAGCUGCGUGUGGCGCCCGAAGAGCACCCCGUACUCUUGACGGAGGCCCCGCUCAACCCGAAGGCCAACAGGGAGAAGAUGACUCAGAUUAUGUUUGAAACCUUCAACACUCCGGCCAUGUACGUGGCCAUCCAAGCCGUGCUGUCCCUGUACGCUUCCGGUCGUACCACCGGUAUCGUAUUGGACUCUGGAGACGGUGUGUCCCACACUGUACCCAUCUACGAAGGUUACGCCCUUCCUCACGCCAUCCUGCGUUUGGACUUGGCCGGCAGAGAUUUGACCGACUACCUCAUGAAGAUUUUGACUGAACGUGGAUACUCUUUCACCACGACAGCCGAAAGAGAAAUCGUACGUGACAUCAAAGAGAAGCUCUGCUACGUAGCGUUGGACUUUGAACAGGAAAUGGCCACGGCGGCCAGCUCGAGCUCUUUGGAGAAGAGCUACGAACUACCCGACGGCCAGGUGAUCACCAUCGGUAACGAGAGAUUCCGUUGUCCGGAGGCGCUCUUCCAGCCGUCGUUCUUGGGCAUGGAAGCCGCCGGCAUCCACGAGACCACUUACAAUUCGAUCAUGAAGUGCGACGUGGACAUCCGUAAGGACUUGUACGCCAACACCGUACUGUCUGGUGGUACCACGAUGUACCCCGGUAUCGCCGAUAGGAUGCAAAAGGAAAUCACCGCCUUGGCUCCCAGCACGAUGAAGAUCAAGAUCAUCGCUCCGCCGGAGAGGAAAUACUCCGUAUGGAUCGGUGGAUCGAUUUUGGCCUCUUUGUCCACCUUCCAGCAGAUGUGGAUCUCCAAGCAGGAAUACGACGAGUCCGGCCCAUCUAUCGUUCACAGGAAGUGCUUCUAAUUUGUUUUUUUUUUUGCUUACAUUUAUUCUCUAUUUCUCUUUACAUGCCCUUUUUGGGUGUACGAACUGCCGUGUUUGUAAUAUGGGAUCGAGUGACCAUAAAUAUGCACCCUAGGCCAAAGUAUUACUAUCUUAAUUUUUGUAAUUUAUUACAUGUGCAGAAUAAGACUAUUAUUAUAUUAUUAGGCUAAUACUAUGGGAUAAUAAAAAUUGUAAAACUCAUUACUCUGUUCCUUAAUUUAUUUUACCUUUGUAAUAAAAUUUGAAUAAAAAUUUA